AUGUAUCGUUCUCUCUUUGCUUCCACAAAACCACAAAAUCGUCAGUCACCUAUAAAUAUUUCCACUAAGGAAACAAUUUAUGAUCCUGAAAAAUGUAAAAGAUCUUCCAUUAAAUUCCAUUACAACGAAGGAGAUUGUCAUGAGUUGGUUGCUUUGCCCACAACAUGGAUGCUAAAAACAAUCAGCGACUGUAAAACAACAUUCUCUGCUUCACAUUUACCAGCCGAGUUUCGUCUUCUGCAAAUUCAUGGACAUUGGGGAACAAGUUCGGAUUGUGGGUCAGAGCAUAGCAUUGACGAUAAGCGAUUCGCUGCCGAGGUUCAUUUCGUUUUCUGGAAUACAAACUAUGACGUUGAAAAUGCUUCCAAUUAUCCGGAUGGGAUGGCCGUCCUAGCUGUGUUCCUCACGGAAAGCAAAUACAAUCAAGAAUAUGGACAUAUUACUGGAGUAAUUUCGGAAGCGAUAAACACUAAUGUCCCAGUAUCGAUAUCGAAGCAGUUUGACAUGACAAAACUCAUUCCUAAAGGAUCGGAUUAUCUGUUCUAUGAAGGAUCCCUUACAACUUCUCCAUACACAGAAUGUGUAUUAUGGACGAUUAUGCUGAAGCCAGUGGAGGUUUCUGUGAAUCAGAUGCGUCAAUUUCGUCGCAUUGGCGUCAAAGAGAAUUGUCGUGAUGUUCAACCUUUGCGUGAUCGAAAAAUUUAUUCUUCAUGUGAUCUGUCAAAAACGUUUUAG